AUGGACAAGGAAGGAGGAACGGUUUCUAAACCACCAUUGCUGACUGGGCCUGAGAACUAUGACUACUGGAAAGCUAGGAUGAUGGCUUUUCUUAAAUCCAUUGAUAGCAGAACAUGGAAAGCUGUAGAAAAUGGCUGGGAACCCCCAGUUGUCAUAGAUAAGGAUGGAAAGAAAACCGAUGAAAUCAAGCCUACAAAAGACUAUUCUAAAGACGAGGAUGACUUAGCUCUGGGAAACUCAAAAGCUUUAAAUGCCAUCUUCAAUGGUGUGGACAUCAACAUGUUCAGACUUGUCAAACGAUGUACUGUGGCCAAACAUGCGUGGGAAAUACUUAGGAAAGCACAUGAAGGAACCAACAAGGUAAAGUUGUCUAAACUUCACAUGCUUCGCACAAACUUUGAAAAUCUAAGUAUGAAUGAAGAAGAGACCAUUCAUGAUUUUCACAUGAAUAUUUUAGAAUUUGCAAACUCAUUUGAUGCCUUAGGAGAACCCAUAUCAGAUGAGAAGCUUGUGAGCAAAAUUCUCAGAUCUCUACCUAAGAGAAAAGAAAAGAAAAAUAAAAGUUUAGCUUUUGCCUCCAACACUGGAGAAGAUGAAGAAUCAGAUCUGGAGAGUGAUGAAAGUUUGUCAGAAGCAAUGGUCUUGCUAGGAAGACAAUUCAACAGAAUCAUGAAAAGAAUGGACAAAAAGUCUAAGUUCAAUGUGCCAAGCAUCAAGCUCGACAUCAACAAACAGACCAAUGAUCAAAGAAGGGCUAAAAGUGAUGAGAAAACCAGUCAGUCAGAAGGGGUCCAGUGUCAUGAAUGUGAAGGAUAUCGACACAUCAAAGCUGAAUGUCCUACCUUUCUGAAGAGACAAAAGAAAAGUCUUGCUAUCACUUGGUCAGAUGAGGAUGACUCAGAGGAGGAAACUAAAAGUGGAUCAGCAAAACAUGUCAAUGCGCUGAUAGGUGUGUGUGAGUCUGAUGCUGAAUCAUGUGAUGAAACAUCCUAUGAAGAAUUACUGGCUACCUAUAAGGAUUUAUUCAUCAGGAGCAAUGAAUUCUGCAAAGCAUUGGAAAAACAAAAGAAGGCGAAUUGUCAACUACAGGCUGAGAAGAAUGACCAUCUUUCAAAAAUUGAUGCUCUCAACAAAGAGAUUGAAAAACUAAAUGUCGACUUGGAGCAUGCUAGAAGACAAGUCAGAGUUUAUGGAUCAGGAGAAGAAAAAUUUCAAGCAAUGCUAUUGAAACAAAGUGCGGGAAAGAAACCAAUUGGCUUUGACUAUGACAUUGUUGAUCAACAAAUGGGAUACAACAAAGCUACAAUCAGUACUCCCAUCGAGAAGACUUUUCCUGUCAGUGCUGGCUUUUUACCACCACAUCCUCCCACACACCAGGGAACCGACACUUGGUUAAAACCCAAACCUAAGCCUCCUGCACAGACUGGAUCGAUGCCUCAACAUCCUCCUCCACAUCGGAAUAAUUGGUCAAGACCUAAAUCUAGGAGAAGGAACUGGAGAUGUCACUAUUGUGGUAGGAAAGGGCACAUAAGGCCUUAUUGCUAUAAAUUGUAUGGUUACCCAAAGAAUUUCCGGUCACCUGCACCAAAGCCAGAAAAUGUGAAGACUAAGAAAGAGUGGAAAGAAAAGGAGAAUGAUGGAGAGAUAAAAGGAAUUGGGAAUCUAAUCAACAAUGGAUUGCCAAAUCUAGAUAAUGUUCUAUUGGUGAAAGGCCUUACAACUAAUCUAAUCAGCAUUAGCCAGUUGUGUGAUCAAGGCAUGAAAGUAAACUUCACAAAGUCAGAAUGUCUUGUUACAAAUGAAGAAGGAAGACUCUUGAUGAAGGGUGUGAUGUCAAAGGACAACUGCUACUUAUGGGUCUCUGAAGAAGAAGAAAACCACUUGUCCACUUGUCUCUUAAGCAAAGAGGAUAAAGUGAAGCCGUGGCAUCAAGAAAUUGGUCACUUACAUCUUAGAGGUUUGAAGAAGACUAUAGCAGAAGAAGCAAUCAGAGGACUUCCUAAGCUGAAGAUAGAAGAAGGAACAAUAUGUGGAGAAUGUCAGAUAGGGAAGCAAACCAAGGUGGCGCACCCGAGGCUCCAUCAUCAGACCGCCACCAGAACACUUGAACUACUACACAUGGACCUAAUGGGACUUAUGCAGACUGAAUGUCUUGAUGGUAAAAGAAACUUAUGCUUACAACUUCAAACAGAAAAAGAGGUUGUGAUUGUAAGAAUAAGAAGUGAUCGUGGCAAAGAAUUUGAGAAUGCAAAAUUCUUUGAUUCCUGUGCAUCAGAAGGUAUUUUUCUUGGAUACUCCACAAACAACAGAGCUUACAGAGUUUAUAACUCUAGAACUAAAGUUACCGAGGAAUCAAUGAAUGUGGUAGUUGAUGAUGCAACAUCAACCAAAACAGCAGAUGUUGAAUCAUCCAUUCAACAGUCAUAUGAUAUUGUAUUUGAUGAAGUUUCAGGUUCUAACAAUGAAUCUACUGAUCCUAAAUCAGAACCUGCCCGUGUCAACAAAGUCCCAUUUAUCAGGGAUUUAGUUGAAGAAAAUAUUGUGAAGCUUGAUCAUGUUGCUUUUGAAGAACAGGUGGCUGACAUAUUCAGUAAAGCAUUGGAUGUUGUUGAGUUUGAAAGGCUAAGGGGAAAAUUAGGAAUUUGCCUGCAUAAGGAAUUGUAG